UCGCAAGCAUCACAAGUGUAACGACGAUAGCGAAGGCGAGGUGAUGGGUGAUAGCGCGACCUGUCGUCGGGUCACGUACUAUUCUCAAAGUUCUCGAGGAAUAGACGGUGUCCUAGAAAUGUUAUAUGAGGUGACGGAGGUGACCACCUGACGCGUAGUUUGGACAGUAGGGAACAGCUGGCCGAUAGUGCGAUGAAUUGUCUUUCAAGGAUCUAACCUACUUCACGCACGCAGUUGGAGCGAUAACGCUGACGUGUGUGGACUCUCGUCCGGCGUUAUCAUUGACGCAUAAGAUGAUCUCAUCGCUUCGCGACAGCACUUCCCUGUUUCUUGGUCAGUAUAAUCGCGACGACCGCAAGCCUCGAGCGUAAUUGGAGCGAUAUAUCCGAGGACGACGACGCGUAGUCGUGACACCACGAGGACAUCUCCGGAGGCUUAGUUCGACUCCGGGUGAUCCUCCGCCUCUCUCACGACGCGAAGAUGCUCCAGCGACGACAUCGUCGUAAAAGACGUAUUUUCGCUGUGACAUACCGUAUCGAUAGCGUGCAAGAUGAAUUCGCUGCUGAAGACGGUCCACUCUAUAGCGGGCAACAAGAGGAACUUGCUAGUCAGGGAUUCUCUGCAAAAACAGCUCAAUACGAGUGUCAUGGAGAUGCAGAGCGCGCCAAGGGUUGCCGACGAUGGCGUCGUCAGCAACUGCGACGAGAGCAUGACCCUAUGCUCUGUGCUCGAGGCUAUCUUCCUUCACGGCUUGAAAGACAGCCUGCUGAAUCGAGUAACGGAAGCUCUCAGCGGUCCCGACUUCGACGCUAUGCCACAGCCGAGUUUCUGGGGUCCGCUGCUCGUGUUCUCUCAUCGUCAAAUCAUAGACCAGAUACAAGCGUUGAGCCAAGUAACCACAGAGGUUGGUUAUUGUCGAGCUUGGAUACGAUUGGCGCUAAACGAGGGUCUAUUAGCUAGCUACUUUUGCUCCAUAAGGAGGGACAAUUCCGCUUUAAAGCCGUAUUACAAUCGUUCCGCUUACAUCAGGGAUGUAGAUCUUGUCGAGGUUGCGCAAAAAUUAAUAGAAAGCUUGGAUUACAUGCGAUUCGAGUUGGCUUGCAAUAGUAGCCUUUUAAACUUUUGGUCUACUACUCCUUUGCUGAUAGCCGGCAUUUGGUCGCCGCCGAUGAAAUCUUGUCCCGUGUUUAGUGCGGUAGAUAUAGCGAAAACUAUAACCACCGAAUCGACCGACAACUUUGACGAAAUAGAAACUGCAAGUUCUAUCGGUAGUUCAAUUGGAAUAGGAUCAUUUACUUCCUCGCAGUCGAUGUUUAAUAAUGUAGCAUCUAUCAGUGAAGACGAAGCGCUUAAAAUUAUUUUAGCUAACAAAAAAUCUGAUAAUAUUGCCCGACACGAGCACAACAAUCCCGCGGAUACUAGAAUGGAUAAAACGCAGGAAGACAUGACUCAACAGUUGCACAGUAAUUCUGAGGAUACUGUGAUAAAAAGUCAAAUGGUAGAUAAACAAGAGGUCAAGGAAGUACGACAGAUAUCAAAUGGUAAUGUGGAAACAGAAGAUGUAGAUAAUAUUGUUGCUGAUAUGGAAGAUCCAGCGUUACAAAAUAUUUUGAGAGGUAACGAUAUCAUUAAUGACACAACUGCGGCUACCGUAGGAAAUUCAUUAAUAGGAAAAUUGGGAUGGUCGACCUCAUUUGAAGAUUGUCAAUCUUCUUUAACUUCUUCCGUGAUAUCUCACGGAUCUACAAAGGAUGCACCUCGUACACCUGCCGAUGGUCCUACAUACGAUGCGCUUAUCCAAAGUUAUCAAACUGCUGGAAGUAGUACAGUAUCAGAUCUACAAGAAUUCUUUAAAAAAUAUUCAAAAAAAGAGGAAACUGCCGAGGAAGAAUCUAAAGAUCAACCCGAACCAAAGGUUGCGAUAAAUUUUGAAGAACAACUAGGUAAUAUUUCAAGGGAAAAAGGUUUAGAUGUUCAAAAUUACAAUUGUUUCGAUUGUGGUGAUGCAGUCGGCAUGACUUUUUCCAAAGCGCACGUGUGCUCGUUUUCGGGUAAUUACUACUGUUCAAAGUGUAUGGCGGAAGGGCAAUAUCUCAUACCAUCGCGUAUGAUUCACAAUUGGGAUUUGAAACAAUAUCCCAUUAGCCGAAAAGCCGCUGCAUAUUUAACGGAAAAUCCAGCUCUUUUGGAUCUAAAGAUUCUGAAUCCAAAAAUUUACAUGGCGGUAGACACUAUGGCUCAAUUGCAAUCUUUGCGAAUACAGUUGAACCUGCUGAGAGCGUAUUUAUUCACGUGUCGCGAACCUAUUAUCGAAUCUUUGCAAAAGAAGGUUGCCCCUAGAGACUAUUUAUACGAACACGUUCAUCAAUAUUCCGUUUUAGACCUUCAUGACAUACCCAAUGGAAUUCUUGCGCAACAACUUCAAAAAGUUGUCGAAUUUGCGAGAAAUCAUGUAAUCAAUUGUUGGCUCUGCAGUCAGAAGGGUUUUAUAUGCGAAGUCUGUAAUAACACAAAAGUCAUUUAUCCUUUUGAUAUGGAAUCCACGUUUCGAUGCGGGGCGUGCAAUGCCGUAUUUCAUACGGACUGCUUAAACGCAAGUAAACCUUGUCCAAAAUGCGAACGCAGACGUAAACGGAUGGACAUGCCUCUUUUAGAUAUGGGAUGUACAGACCUAUCGCAUAACAGUGUAUCCUCGUCUCCGAUUAAUAUGAAUUAAUGUACAUUAUUUGAUAUGUUUAUACUAACAUUGUUUUAUCAUCCUUUUAUCGCUUUAAGCAGUAUUGUUUGUAUAACUUGCAUUCCAAAAGAUUAAUUUCACUAGUCGCAAUCAUAAUUUU